AUGCACGCCUCAAUUAUCCUCUCAGCGCUCGCGCUCUUCCCACUCGCAAUGACCGCGCCUUCUCGACGUCUCCCACGCCAAGAUGCUACCGAUCCUACUCUCUUCGACGCCGACCAGAAUUUCGAUUCUCCAGCCACGCCUGCCGAUUUUGGAAGCCUCUUCGGUGCUCCCGACUCACCUAAUGGUGCUCCCCAAUCCGAGCCCCGUCAAGAAGACUGUGAGAAGAAGCCCAAACAGCCCAUCACCACCCCUCAAGCACCCAGUAUACCUAGUGUACCCAGUGGUCCCAAACCACCCGCUGCCCCGAAACCACUUGCUGAUCCCAAACCAGCAGCAGGAACUUGCGAUCUCUCCAAGCUCCAACAGCCCGCCUCUGCGCUUCAACAGCCAACCCCCGACAUGAAGCUCGCCCUCGUCGCCAUCGGUCACGGAACCCAAAACUACACCUGUGCCAACGCAUCCGCCGUUCCUGCCCCCAUCGGCGCCGUCGCCCAGCUCUUCAACACCACCUGCGACACAUCUUCCAUCGCCAAACGCGACGCCGCCGAAGCCCUCGGCUCCAUCCAAGAAUCCACUUCUGACGCCGUUGGUGCCCACUUCUUCCUCGACAACACAACACCCGACUUUGACAUCAAGGGCCUGGGCAACACCGAGGCGGCUAAGCUUCAGGAUACCCCGGCCCCCAACCCAGCCAAGAAUGUAAAGUGGCUCAGGCUUGGACCCAAGGCCGGUAGCACAAGCGCUGUCAAGGCUAUUUACCGCUUGAACACUCAAGAUGGUGUGGCCCCUGCGACUUGCGAGGGCAAGACGGCGGGUGAGGUGCUGGCUAUCGAGUACACGGCUCAGUACUGGAUUUACACCUAG